AUGGGCCGCUACCGCAUCCAAGUGGCCACCGGGGCCUGGCUCUUCUCUGGGUCUUUCAACCGCGUGCAGCUGUGGCUGGUGGGGGAGCGCGGGGAGGCAGAGCUGGAGCUGCAGCUGAGACCAGCGCGGGGCCAGGUGGAGGAGAUUGAGCAGGACGUUCCCCAGGACUUGGGGCCACUGCAGUUCGUGAAGUUGCGCAAACACCACUCCCUGGUGGACGACGCCUGGUUCUGUGACCACAUCACCGUGCAGGGCCCAGGAGCCUUAGAGGAGGCCGCCUUCCCCUGCUACCGCUGGGUGCAGGGCAAGGGCUUGCUGACCCUGCCUGAGGGCACCGCCCGCCUGGCAGGAGAGAAUACCUUGGACAAGUUCCAGAAACAUCGAGAGAAAGAACUGAAGGAAAGACAGCUGAUUUACUGUUGGGACACCUGGCACGAAGGGUUACCUCUGACAAUGGCUGUGGACUCUGGGAAGGAUCUGCCCCCAGAUAUGAAAUUUCAUAGUGGAAAGAAGCUGGACUAUGAAUGGAGAGUGAAGACAGGGGCACUGGAGGUGGCCCUCAAAUAUGUUUACAACUUCCUGAAGUCCUGGGACAGCCUAGACGAUUUUGAUCAGAUCUUUUGGGGCCUCAAGAGCACCCUUUGUGAGAAGGUUCACCAGCACUGGAAGGAUGAUGAGCUUUUUGGCUAUCAGUUCCUCAAUGGCACCAACCCCAUGAUGUUGAGACGAUCCACCUCUCUGCCCUCCCGGCUGGUGCUGCCCUCAGGGAUGAAGGAGCUUCGGGCCCAGCUGGAGAAAGAACUCCAGAAUGGUUCCCUAUUUGAAGCUGACUAUAUACUGCUGGAUGGAAUUGCAGCCAACGUAAUCCAAGGAAGGAAGCAAUACCUGGCUGCCCCCCUCGUCAUGCUGAAGAUGGAACCCAGUGGGAAGCUACUACCCAUGGUCAUCCAGAUCCAGCCUCCCAACGCCAGCUACCCAACCCCACCACUAUUCCUGCCCUCAGACCCUCCCCUUGCCUGGCUCCUGGCAAAGAUCUGGGUCCGAAGUUCAGAUUUACAAAUACACCAAUUCCAAUAUCACGUGCUGAACACUCAUAUGCUGGCUGAGGUCAUUGCUGUGGCCACCAUGAGGUGCCUCCCAGGACUGCACCCUGUCUUCAAGCUCCUGAUCCCACACACCCGCUACACCAUGGAGGUUAACGCCGGGUUACGGGGAGAACUCAACUCAGAGAGUGGAAUAUUUAGUCAGGCAGUGAGCACAGGUGGAGGGCCCCAUGUGCAGUUGCUCCGCCGGGCCAUGGCUAAGCUGACCUACCGCUCCCUCUGUCCUCCUGAACAUCUUGCUGACCGGGGCCUGCUGGGAAUCCCAAGUGCUUUCUAUGCCCAUGAUGCUUUACGGCUCUGGGAGAUCACUGCCAGGUACGUGGAAGGGAUCAUCCACCUCUUCUACCACGGGGAUGACAUCGUGAGAGGGGACCCUGAGCUGCAGGCCUGGUGUCGGGAGAUCACUGAGGUGGGGCUGUGCCAGGCCCAGGACCGAGGUUUUCCUGUCUCCUUCCAGUCUCGGGCUCAGCUCUGCCAUUUCCUUACCAUGUGCAUCUUCACAUGCACUGCCCAGCAUGCAGCAGUCAACUUCAGCCAGCAUGACUGGUUGUUCUGGGUCCCUAAUGCCCCAUGCACAAUGCGGAUGCCCUCUCCUACCACCAAGGAAGAUAUAACGAUGGCCACACUGAUGGGCUCACUCCCAGAUGUCUGGCAGAGCUGUCUUCAGAUGCUUUUCGUAAGGCAAGUGAGCCGGAAGCAGCCAGACAUGGUACCUCUGGGGUAUCACACAGAAGAAUAUUUCUCAGGCCCUGAGCCCAAGGCUGUUUUAAGACAAUUUCAAGCAGAUCUGGACAAUCUGGAAAGGGAGAUAACGGCCCGGAAUGAACAGCUUGACAUUCCCUAUGAAUACCUGAAGCCGAGCUGCCUAGAGAACAGUAUUACUAUCUGA